GAAGUCGGAAACUCCCGAACGUAAUUCAACGAGCCAAUCACAGCUCACCAAAAUUCCAACUGCUUUGUUGAUUCGUUGAAUUCCUGAAGCCUGAAAUUGUUUUGACACUUUUGAUAAUCAUGGCGUUCAAGAAGUGUUAUUUUAUGAUUAAUGAUCGUGAAUCGUAAUGAUUUCUUGUGAUUUUAUGCGAGUUUGGAUGUAAUUUACAAUAUUAUACAUCGCAGUGUUCGAGUAUAUAGAAUUUGUGAUCGAUAGAAGAAUUCCAGAUCGAAUUUAGCUGUCAAGGCUGUUCGUUAACGUGAAGAAGAACUAAACUGGUUGUAGUUUAGCUGCAUCUUUAACGAUAUCCGGUUUACGUUUCCUCUUCAUCGCAUCCUGGAAAAACAACUGUCGAUCGUUUCCGUUAGCCUUAUUCGGUGAUACUUUCGAUGUCAUAGGAGUCGAUAAAGAAACUCCAGACAAUACAUGACCAUCCUGAAAUACGAUAAAAGGAAUCGUUCUAUACGUGAUUUAUAUGUACCAAAGUUUCGAAAAAGGCUCCGUUGUCACCGGAUCUGGUGUAAUACAUCUACGUGGAAGAGAUAUCCUCGAAGUUAGACUUGUGAUCGUCGGUGUAGGAGUUUGCGGUCUUGAAUCAGUUUCCGUAUAACGGCGAAAUAGUACUUCUGGCACGAAGACGUCAUCGACAUCGUACUCCAGUGGAAUGCUGUUCUUUUCGAUUGUGAUACAUUUGCGCUCGAGUAUCUGGAAGGAAUCAGUUUUUACUUGUUAAACCAUCGAUAAAACGCUAUCAUCAUGCCUGUGCCCGAAGAAAAAACCAGUUCCCAUGAAGAAGCUCGACGAUUUCUAUCGCAGUCAUUCGCAUCAAUGGACGAUUUCAUCGAAGCUUAUAAAAAGUCGUUUCUAGAUAAAGCGAAAUCUAAAGAACUUUAUCUGCUCCUUUUAUCGGAACUGGAGAAAUCUGUUUUGGAAGGUAAUAUUACCAAUUUCAAACGCCUCGCAAAGGUGGUUGAUUAUAUCGGUGACGUUGAAGGUCGAACAACGUUGAAGACUUAUUCUAACGAUACAGAGAAUUUACCUAAUUUAGUUAUCUCAGCUUGUAAACAUAACCAGGUUGAUAUUCUCGUGUAUAUUUUCGGUAGUAGAAAGGUCUUCGAUAGUUUAUCUAUCAAUGUCGACGAUAAUCAUACUGUAUCGCCUUACGAAAAAGACGACUCCGGUCACGAUGCGUUUUAUUACGCUGUACGUUCUGGUAAUGCUCAACUAGUCGAUAUUCUAAUUAGUAAAUGGCCAGGUGACUAUUUCGCUAAACGUUCGGACGAGUUAGAUGAGGUUCUUGCUAGAGCUUACGAAGAGCUAAAGUUGAAAAAUGUAACGUUGUCCGAGGAGGUGGAGAUUUUCGUUGAGAACAAGUUGUUGAGUCUUCGUUUCUUUUCUAAUUCGUCAGGUCAGGUUCGGCCCAGUGCUAAAGACGUUCUUAGUAAUAUCAAAGAACGAAUCGAUUUAGUUCUCGAUAAUAUAGAUUUGCUCAAGUCAGAGUAUUUGAAUGGGGAAAAAGUUGACGAGAAAUUUUUAUUCGUUGCUAGAUUUAUCGCUCAAAAUAUUCACGUUCUUAAACGUCAAUUGAAAUUGACCUAUGAUCGAUUACCUUGGGAGGAGAUUGAAUUUUGUCUAGUUAGUUUCGUUUCUUCUUAUAUGAAACAGCAGGAGAUUAAUCUUUUCUAUCGCGCUAUAUUAACUAAAACUAAAAUGCUCGAUUAUUUGGAUAGUUUUGCCAAGAAACUCGAAUACGAUAAAGCUGUCAUUGUAGACCGACCCGACUACUGGACCCUCGCCGAAUCCCGGAAUUUGAAACGAGAUCAAGUUGUAGUCGAGAUUGUCAAGAAUAACCCCGAAUUCAAAGAGUUGUUUGACGAUUAUCAACAAAUACGAGAUAUUCAUUCGCUCGAGACCAUCGGCGGUUACUUGAACUUGGCUUUGUGUGCUGAUCCCAAAGAACGAGAAGGCCAACUAAUCAUCACUCGAGCUUUGCAAGUCAUCGGCGAGUACCUGAAGAACACUCUCGAGUCCCCGAAGCUGUCAAAUUCCACGGCUGAACGUAUUUUAUCAUCUUUAUCUGAAAUUACUCAAAAAGUGAUCAUCGAUUUACGUAAUUCGCUGUCUCAUUCGUCUUCACUUCUCAAGAGAACGGAAAUCGAAGAAAAUCUAGACGUUGGCUUCUUCAUCGGUGUUCAAAAUGAUGCAAAAAGGAUCUGCGAUGUGAUCACUGAAAUUCUGUAUAAUAAUAAGAUUAAAAUGAUCGAAGCUUUGUUGAACAGAAUUAUCGAUAGCAAUCAUCUAGAUGUGGUCGAAAGCAUCGCAGAAGUAUUGAGAUACGUCGAAGUAGACGAAUCCAAUACUGAUGAGUUCAAAAUGACAGAACUCGAGAACCUUGAGAAACGUAUCCAGGAGUUGAACGAUGCUAUUCCUAUGAAAACAGCACAUGAGGAGGAGCUGUUUGAUAAAAUCAACGUUAAAAUGAAGCUUGCUGAGAAUCAAUCGAAUAAUAUCAGAGCUGAUUAUAAAACUGUAUUUAAUGUAUUUAGAGUGACGAGUGAAUUUUUGAAUGAAAAUGAUCUCGAUGCUAAUUAUAUCAAGUCAAUCAAACAUGCUUCCAAAGAAGCAUUAAAAGCCUUAGUUCCUCCUAUGGAAUCUGGCAGCCUGAAAGAGAUCAUCAACUUGUCUUAUGAUAUUUUGCAUAGCGCCUGCUCCAGAAUGGAAGGAGAUGAUCUGGAUAGUGUGAGACGUAUUCAAAGAGAACUGUUUUACAUUGCCGAUUACAGAUUAACCGACAUUAAAUCGAUGGAAAAAUUAAGAGAAAAGUUGUGCAAUAAAAGUUCUUUUUUGCCUGUUUCUAGACAGAAGAACCCGGACAACAUGACCGAAGAAGAAUUCGAGAAACAGCUCGUUUCAAAGUUAUCCGAAUUGCAGAAUGUUUUAAAAAAUAACUUAUCCAGCAGCGCAUUGAUGCAGAAACUACCUUCUUUCAAGAACAAUAAAAAGUUCCAAGCUGUUGUUGAGAUGCUGGUUUUGGAUAUUAUGUCGAUCCUAGGAAGAUCUGAGAGGCAUCUUGAAAACAAUCUGCUGUUUCUAGACGAUAAUUCCCCUCUAUUGACCGGAAAAUGUUUACGUAAUCAUCUCGCUCAUGGUAAUGUUUUACUCGAUGUGCUGCUAUCCGAUCCAUCCAACGCGCUUAUUUUGAACGCUGAAAAACUCAUCUCAGAAAACGUCGUUUGUAGCAAGAGGAAAGUUGGAAAAUUGAUCAGAGAUGAUCCGUCCAAGUUGAAAGACCGGUAUGAUCAAAGCCUCUUCUCAAUCAUCAAUCAAAAAAAGAUGUUCACUGCGUUGGAACGAGGUGAUGUAGAAGAUUUCAAGAAGUAUCUUCAAAAUGGCGCCGAUAUCAAUGGCAGAAAUAUUGAUUCGUGGACAGCGUUACAUUAUGCCGCCGCCGGACCCAGUCUCGAAGCGAUGAGAUUCAUCCUCAAUCAGAAUUCCGAUCUGAGUGCCGAAGUGAAAAACACCGAUGGUCAGAGCCCUCUUCAUAUCGCUGCUGCUCGUGGCCAAAAACAUAUUGCGGAGUUUUUGCUCGCUGAAGUCCACGUACCAGUCGACGAUCGAGAUAAGAAUAAUAGAACACCAUUGCAUAUGGCAGCUAAAAAUGGUCACAAAGAUGUGGUCAAUGUUUUACUGAAGUUCAACGCUGAUACCAAUUGCAAAGAUAGGCACAGUCAUUCACCUUUGCAUUAUGCUACCCAGUAUAAUCAUAUCGAUGUCGUCCAAAUUCUACUGAAAAAAGAACCCCAUCCUGAUUACAAACAGAUUUUGGGCGGUUACACGUUGUUGCACAUAGCUGCACGUAACGGUAGUCUCGAAGUUGUCGAGUAUUUACUGCAGAAAGGAGCCAACGUCAAUGCCAAACACGACAGUAAUGAGAUUCCUUUAUUCGAAGCUGCUCGAAAUGGUCAUCUGGAGGUAGUCAAAUUGUUGAUUCUCAAAGGAUCACAAGUCAACACUAGAGUACUGAAUGGGUCUGCGCCGUUACACAUGGCUGCUGUAAAUGGCCAUAAAGAAGUUGUUGAAGUUCUUUUGACAAAUGGAGCCGAUCUGAACAUCGCGUGUAAAACUUUCCUUAAUACGCCGUUACACCAUGCCACAAAAGAAGGUCACCUAGAAGUUAUCAAAGUUUUAAUGACGUACAAAGCUAACCCAAAUGUAUCCACUUCAGUUGGUUUGACUCCGCUACACCUUGCAGCAGAACAUGGGUACUCAGAAAUCGUCACUUAUCUCAUCAAACAUGGUGCUAAUGUUGAUGCUAGAGAAAAAAAUAUGUCUACUCCUAUGCAUUAUGCCAUAUAUGCUGGUCAUAAAAACAUAGUCGAGAUUCUUAUUGCCAAUAAAGCAGACGUGAAUGCCAAAUCUGACGAUGGUUUAACAUUUCUACACAAGGCUGCGUUGAGAGGACAUGUAGAUAUCGUUGAUGUUCUCAUCAAAAACAACGCCAAUGUCAAUAGUCCAGCAGCGAAUGGUGGUACACCGUUACUUCCUGCUGCUCAAAAUGGUAAUGUCGAAGUGAUCGAACUUCUCCUGAGAAAUAAAGCAAAGAUGAACGUGAAAACGACCGACGGUAUGACAGCUUUACACAUAGCUGCUGCAUGUGGCAAUACAGAUGCCGUUGCUGUCCUAUUGAAACACAAAGUUGACGUGAAUUGCAAAAAUAACCUCCGUAUAACUCCGUUGCAUGCAGCUGCCCAACAUGGUUUCAAAGAUAUCGUCGAUCUUCUGAUUAAAAACAACGCCGAUAUUCACGCUACUGCUGUGCAACCAGAUGAAGGAAAACCUGGAUGUUUUAUUACAGCCAGCACGUUAGCUUUAGCUGCAGACGCCGGUCACGCCGAAAUUGUCGAGAUGCUGUUGGCAAAUGGAGCUAAUAUCAACACCAAAAGUAUAGAUGGUGAACCGCUUCUGAUUCGGGCUGCGAGCUAUAAUCAAAAAGAUAUUGUCAGAGUUCUGGUGUCCCAUGGUGCGGAUGUGAAUGUAAAUAGAGGUCGUCCAUUAUUAUAUGCUGUAUUUUAUGGUCAUAGAGAAAUCGUCGAGAUCCUGCUGCAAAAUGGAGCUCGUGUCAAUAUUAAAGUUGAUGACGAGGGCCAUAGUAUCUUACAUCCGGCUGCCAAAAGAGGCAUCAAAGAAAUUGCGGUUGCUUUGGUAAAUAAAGGAGCCGAUGUGAAUGCUGUGAACAUCGAGAAUAUAUCACCUCUGUAUAUCGCAGCUCAAGAAGGUACCGAUCAAGUGGCCGAAGUUCUAAUCGCCAACAAAGCAAACAUCAAUGCCGUCAACAAGCAUGGAACUCCGUUGCAUCGGGCUGCUGGACACGGUCAUGAGAGUAUGGUUGCUCUUCUGCUAAAAAAUGGAGCAAAGACCUAUAUCAAAAAUGGCUGGGAUAGAACACCGUUGGAAAUCGCUGUGAUUUGUAGUCAAUUGCGAAUCGUUGAAAUGUUCCUACAGCAUGAAAAAGUCGAUGUGAACGCUAAAGGUGGCAGUAAUAUGACAUUGCUACUACUCGCUAUGCCAGAAUCCAGCUUGGAGAUGGUAAAAUAUCUCGUGAGUAAAGGAUCUGACAUCCACGCUACAGAUGAUAGAGGUUCAAAACCUAUACAUUUUGCUGCCAAAAGAGGCCAUAAAAAUAUGGUCGAGUUUUUCAUCAGCAAAGGAUUACUUGUUGAUGAGACCGGAGCGAGUGAUUUCACAUCGCUGCAUUUUGCAGUGAUGAAAGAUCACUUAGAGGUUGUCAAAUACUUGAUCGGAUUUGGUGCCAACGUGAAUGCCAGAAGUGUACAUGGUUUAACUCCGAUGCAUUUUGCUGCUGGCCUCGGUCUUGUGGACGUAGCUAAAGUUCUGGUAGAAAAUGGCGCAGCGUACAACUCAGUUGAUAAUCAUUCCAGAAGACCUUGGGAUAUGUUCGAUAAUAAAUCCGCCGAAACGAAAUCGACUCGCAGUAAGAAUGUUGUCAACGCGCUGCUAUCAACUGAAAAAUUAUUCGAAGCUGUGAAAAGUAACUGCCCAUCUGGUGUUGAGAAUUUCAUCAAAUCCGGAGCGUUCGUAAAUGCUAAAAAUACCGAUACAGAGACUACUCCGCUUCAUUACGCUGCCUGGAAAGGAUGCGAUAAGAUCGUCGGUAUUUUAAUUCAGCAUAAAGCCAAUACUAAUGCGGUCUGCAGUCAAGGAUUUACUCCUUUACAUUACGCUGCCAAAUUCUCGCACCUGAAAUGUGUCAAAAUUCUGCUGCUUCAUGGAGCUAUUUACAACGCUGCGUCGAAUAAUGGUAAAACACCUGCGAAUUUUACCACAGAUAAAAAUAUCGUCAACUUGUUCAAACUAAUCGAAGACUCGUUUGAAAAGAUCAAAAGUGUCGAUUGCCGAAUUAUCGAUGAUCUCAAUAGAGUAAAAGACACCGAAACGUUGAAAGCUGUGAUGAAUGCUCGUAACAGGGAAAACAAAUCGCUGAUCGCUGCUGCGCCGCCUUCACUAGCCAACAAACUGAAAGAGGUGCAAAUAGGCGAUGUAUCUGGUGGCAUUGAUGUCGCUUCUGCACUCUUGGGCGGUGGAUUUCUAGAAGAAGGCCACGCUCUUCUCGAAAAUUUAUACGAAAAAAGAGAACGCGUCCUAGGAUCGGAUAAUCCGGGCACGUUGGAUGUUCGUAAGAAUCUAGCCCAGGCAUUAUACAAACAAGGCAACUACCAAGGUGCUCUGGAUAUACUCGAAGAAGUCCUGGCCAAACAAAAAGAUUUGUUGGGUUGGAACCAUCAGUCUACUAUGGAUACCAGAAGUUUCCUCGCCUGGGUUUUAUUCAAACAAGAAAAGAUUCAACAAGCUUAUGAUAUUUUUCAAGAAGUUCUUCCAAAGCAAGAAGAACUGCUCGGCUUCAACCAUACCGAUACUGAGACAACUCGAGGACAGAUGGCUGGUGUAUUGGAAAGAAUGGAUAGGAACGAAGAAGCCUUAGAUAUCUAUAAAUCAGUUUACGAAAGCAGAAGGAAAAAAUACGGUGAACAUAGCUUGAAUACUAUAAGCAUUCGUAAUAAUAUCGCGGUAAUUCUCGACAAACUUGGUAAAUACGAAGAAAGUCUGAAAAUCUACGAAGAGGUUUUCGAGAAGAAGAAAUCGAUUUUAGGUAUGCAUAACGCGGAUACGUUGAGAACGUUACAAUGCAUGGCUGCCACCCUAUGCCAGCAGAAAAAAUACGAAGAAUCUUUGAAAAUGUACCGGGAAGUGUUGGAUUAUCAGAAAAAAUCGUUGCCACCUAACCAUCCGGAAAUUUUCAAUACUCAGAAUAUGCUGGGGCAUGCUCUUCUCGCUCAAGGUAAAAGAAUCAGCGCUUUUAAAGUAUUCAAAGAAUGCUUGGAUCAAUUUCAACACGUAUUAGGUCCGAAUCAUCCGACUAUUUUGAAAAUUUUGCAAAAAAUUGAGCUUAUUAAUCUCGCAUUCAAGUACGAAGGCAGCAACGCGUCGGAAAUGUUGAUGUAUUUGCAGACUGAUAUUAACGUAGCUGCUAGUAAGGGAGAUCUACGAACUGUCGAACGUUUACUGCAAGACGGAGCCGAUGUCAGCGAUAAAGAUAUCGAAGGGAGGACUCCUCUACAUUUCGCUGUCAGCGGUGGUCACGUUGAAGUCGUGAAUGUGCUGCUGAGAAAUGAAGCCGAUGUUACUGCCACCACUAACAAAGGUAACACACCUUUACAUAUGGCUGCUUCUAAAGGUCAUAAAGAAAUCGUCGAGAUUUUAUUAAAACAAGUCGAACGUGAUCAAUUGAACGAGUUCAUUAACGCCAAAACUACAUCCGCCGGUGCUACGUCGCUCCACGUUGCAGCUAAAAGUGGUUUCGUAGAGAUCGCUAAAUGUUUAUUGAAACACGGUGCUAUUUACGACGCGAAGAAUAAAGAAGGUAAAACACCGAUCGAUCUUUCGACUGAUGAGAAAAUCGUCAAACUUCUGAAAUUAAUCGAAGAAAUGUUUGAAGGAGCGAAAAAAGGCAGCGUUGAGAUUAUAAACAAACUUAAAGCAUUGCAACCCGAUGAUUUUUCAGCUGUGACGAAUACUCGUAAUGCUCAGAAUCGUGGAUUAAUGCAAGUUGCUAUCGUCAAUAAACACAAAAUUAUCGCUAACGAGUUGCUGAAGAUGUUGAAGAAAAAUUGAUUUGUUUUGAAAAUUUUUUUAUCGUUUAUUUAGGGAGUGGAGUUGGGGUUCGCUAAUUAAAUUUGUUGAAUAUCGAAUCAUACCUACUUAUCGAAAUAUUUAUGUUGGAUGUUUGGUUGAUCGGAUGUUGAAUGAUUCAAUUUGAGUAUUACUAAGUUCUGAAAAUUAUUAGUGAUUUUAUCAGGCGUGCUGAAAAUAU